AUGGCCCUCCUCGCACUUUUGGUCUCCUUCAUCCUUGCCACAGCUUCGGCCCAUGCCAAUGCCGAACACCUCGGCUUCCGUGCCACCAUGAUUCGCCGCACUGAAGUCACCGCCGCCACCAUCAACUUUACACGGGCCGCUCAACAGUCGCACCACCGGCUGUCAAUGCUUACCUCCCGGCUCGACACGGCCACGAGCAGCGUGAACACACAGACACCGCUAAAGAUGGACGGCGACGGUGGCGGCGCCUACGACAUGGAGCUCUCCAUCGGCACGCCGCCGCAGAAGCUGACGGCCCUCGCCGACACCGGCAGCGACCUCAUCUGGACCAAGUGCGGCGCCUGCGCGUCCUGCGAGCCGCAGGGCUCCCCUUCCUACUUCCCAGACAAGUCGUCGUCUUUCUCCAAGCUGCCGUGCUCCGCGCGCCUCUGCAGCGCUCUGAAGGAGGAGUCGCCCACGACGACGUGCGGCGCCGGCGGCGCGGAGUGCGACUACAAGUACUCAUACGGACUGGAGGAGGAUUCCGACCAUUACACCCAGGGCUACCUCGGCACUGAGACCUUCACGAUCGGCGGCGACGUCGUGCCUGGCAUCGGCUUCGGCUGCACUAACAUGUCAGAGGGCGGCUACGGUGCCGGCUCCGGCCUCGUCGGUCUGGGCCGGGGGCCGCUGUCCCUGGUGUCGCAGCUCAACGCCGGCGCCUUCUCGUACUGCCUCACCAGCGACGCUUCCAAGGCCAGCCCUCUCCUUUUCGGCUCCCUCGCCGCCUUGUCGGGCGGCGGCAUCCAGUCCACGCCGCUCCUCGGUUCCAGCGUCUUCUACGCCGUGAACCUUCGCACCAUCUCGAUCGGCUUUUCGAAAACUGCUGGCGUCGACGGCGGCGUCGUGUUCGACUCCGGCACGACGCUGACGUACCUCGCGGAGCCGGCCUACACGCAGGCGAUGUUGGCGGUGGUGCUGCAGACGGACCUUGCCCCGGCGUCGGACAGGGACGGGUUCGAGGCGUGCUUCUACUACGAUGAGCCCAGCGACGGCAGGAUCGAGGAGGCGGUGCCGUCGAUGGUGCUGCAUUUCGACGGUGGCGCCAACAUGGUCUUGCCGGUGCGGAACUACUUCGUGGACGUGGGCGGCGGCGUGGUGUGCUGGGUGGUGCAGAGGUCCCCCAGCGUGUCUAUUAUCGGAAACGUGAUGCAGGUGGAUUUCCACGUCCUGCACGACGUCGACAAGUCGGUGCUGUCGUUCCAGCCGGCCAACUGCGAUAGCCUCUCGGGUUACAACGCGAAUUUUAAUGAGAGAAAAAACACAAAGGAAAUAGACCAAUGCCUCUCGACUUGGAAGUUGGAACCCCUGCACACGUAA